AUGGGACCCAGCCAGUCCCCCUACAGCUCAUCUCUGUCCUUCUGUCCAGACUGGGACCCAGCCCAGUCCCCCUACAGCUCAUCUCUGUCCUUCCUGUCCAGACUGGGUCCCAGCCAGUCCCCCUACAGCUCACUCUAUCCUGAAGCUCACAGCAUGGGACCCAAGCCAGUCCCCCUACCAGCUCAUCUCUAUCCUUAGCUCCAGAAUGGGGACCCAAGCCCGUCCCCCCCUACAGCUCAUCUCUGUCCUUCUGUCCAGACUGGGACCCAGCCAGUCCCCCUACAGCUCAUCUCUGUCCUGAAGCUCCAGAAUGGGACCCAGCCAGUCCCCCUACAGCUCAUCUCUGUCCUUCUGACCAGACUGGGACCCAGCCAGUCCCCCUACAGCUCAUCUCUGUCCUUCUGUCCAGACUGGGACCCAGCCGGUCCCCCUACAGCUCAUCUCUGUCCUGAAGCUCCAGACUGGGACCCAGCCAGUCCCCCUACAGCUCAUCUCUGUCCUGAAGCUCCAGACUGGUACCCAGCCAGUCCCCCUACAGCUCAUCUCUGUCCUGAAGCUCCAUACUGGUACCAGCCGGUCCCCCUACAGCUCAUCUCUGUCCUGAAGCUCCAGAAUGGGACCCAGCCAGUCCCCCUACAGCUCAUCUCUGUCCUGAAGCUCCAGAAAUUCACAGAUGAGAUGAGAUGA